AUCUCGUCGAAUCCAUUGACGCCGGUACACCUUCGACAUCACCCUCUACUCGUGCCAAAAUUUUGAAGGACCAAUCUUCUCGCAGUCAUCAUGUCCUCCGAUCACGCCUACGAGCUCCUCGCCCUUGAGAACCCACUUCUCGACAUCCAGGGCCAAGGUGACGACGCCCUUCUUCAGCAAUAUGGUCUCAAGGCCAACGACGCGAUCCUCGCUGAAAAGCAGCACUUGACACUUUACGAAGAGCUGAUCAAGAACCGCGAUGCGAAGCUGUUAGCAGGAGGUGCAGCUCAGAACACAGCAAGAGGAGCUCAGUACCUGCUCAAGCCCGACUCCGUGGUCUUCUUUGGUUGCGUUGGCAAGGACAAGUAUGCAGACAUUCUGCAAGAUGCAAACAAGCAGGCUGGCCUUGCUGUCAGAUAUCGUUACGACGAGAAGGAGCCAACCGGUCGAUGUGGUGUCAUCAUCACUGGCCACAACAGGAGCAUGGUUACAGAUCUUGCUGCAGCCAACGCUUACAAGAUUGAGCAUCUGGAAGAGAACUGGGCAGUGGCAGAGAAGGCCAAGGCCUACUUUGUUGGCGGUUAUCACUUGACGGUUUGCGUCCCAGCGGUCUUGAAGCUUGCCGAGGAAGCUGCAAAGACAGACAAGCCUUUCAUCCUUUCGCUCUCGGCGCCUUUCAUCGCCCAGUUCUUCAAGGAUCCUCUUGACCAGACCGCUCCCUACUGGGAUUACGUUGUCGGCAACGAGACAGAAGCCAUUGCAUAUGCCGACUCGCACGACCUGAAUACCCACGACAUCCCAACCAUCGCUAAGGCGCUCGCCAACCUUCCAAAGAAGAACACACAGCGGAAGCGUGUUGCGAUCAUCACACAGGGCACCGACCCGACUGUGGUUGCCGUUCAGGAUGAAGGCGAUGCAAAGAGCUACCCCGUCCACUCCAUCGACAAGAACGAAAUUGUUGACACGACAGGUGCCGGUGAUGCUUUCGCAGGAGGCUUCGUGGCCGGCAUUGUGAAGGGCGAGAAGCUCGAGACCUGCGUCGACAUGGGCCAGUGGUUGGCGGCACUGAGCCUGCGCGAGCUGGGACCUGCUUAUCCAUUCCCCAAGCAGGCGUACGGCGCUUGAGCGUUGAUUGUGUAUUAGAGAAAGGCCUGGCGUUUCAACAACUUUCAACAUUUUUGUCGCAAAAAGUGAUACCCAUACCACUCACAUCCUCCACGACGUGAGAUGCAAAGAGUCUGGCAUAUACAAAACGUAGAUUGCGAGAGCGGAAAAUUCGGCGCCCGUUUAAGCGGCCAAGUCUUUCUUCAGUCUCGAUGAUGCCACUCUGUACCUCAAUCCCGCCGCUUCCUUCACGACCAGAUCGCUUCCAUGGCAUCGAUUCGAAAUUCGUCAGUGCUCACGACACGGAAGGAGACGGAUAUCUAGCGAUUAUCCGUGCUCGGCUUGCUCUUAAUACUCCAGAUAUAGGGCGCUUGCACAGCAUCCUAAAAUGCCGCUAUGUGCCAUAGAGCUGUUAUCCCGGCGGGUUAAUAUCGUGAGUUGGUCUCAUGUGUCGCACACAGAGGAAGCGCUCCUCGAAGGUACAAUCUGUCGAAGUGUGCGAUGUGCCGGUUUGAGAUCCCUGGCCGAAUCGCUACAGUACUGCAUACCGGGCUGCUGGAAGAGGUAUCCACCACGUCGACUCGUUUCAUCCGAGACAGGUGCAGUUCCGAGCCCUCAUCGUGGCAGUGCAGGCGGUGCAGCAGAGGCGAGGCGCGGAGCAGAUGAUUGCGGCCUGGAUGAUGCGGCGGGGACCUGGUCAUCUAUGGACAUGCUCGGGCAGGCCCUUGACAGAUCAUAAAAGCCCG